CGCUCAUCGCUCGUCAUGCAGUUCACUUGGAUUUUGUUGUCGCUGUCGAUGCUGGCAAUGCACAGCUUCGCCCGGCCCACGGCCAGCACAACGAAGCCACAGAUAUUCAUUGCCGAGCCGAUGCUGUAUCAUUUUAUUACGGAGCAUCGGCCCACAUCGAUGGGCCAGAACUAUUACCUCAAGCCCGGCCAGCUGGUCGGCACAUUCAGCCUCGACUCGGGCACGCUGCACGUGAAGCACGAGGACAGCAAGCGACCCAUCAGCAGCAAGCUCAACAUUCUCUUUGUGGCCACGGCCAAGGAGAAGGAUGCCGCCACCUAGGAAUCAUCUGCGAACCUUAUAUACAUGUAUA